AUGAGGAGCGCGGUAAUAUUAUUUUCGUUAGUGGCGGCAGUCGCUGCGGAGGCCCCAUACCACCUGCCUAGACCGGCACCCCAGGCUCCAGCGUUCCAUUAUCCAGCACCAUCACCGCCGCCAGCACCGCGACCGCCAGCACCUGCCCCUCAGCCUAACUUCGGAUACCAAUACAACCCACCGCCCCCUCCAUCCCCACCUGCCCCGCAACCACAGCCUUUUUACCCUCAACCUGCACCCCAACCACAACCAUACUACCCACCAGCACCAGCUCCUCAGCCACAACCCGCACCCAUCCCUCAACCAGCUCCAAAUUCAGGAUACAAUUACCCGUCACCUCCUAUUCAACCUUUCUUAUUACCUCAGCCUACCCCCCAGCCUCAGCCGGCUCGACAACCACAGCCAGCCCCACAACCUAUAGCUUAUCGUCCACCAAGCACUUCUUACGGGGUCCCUCAGAUUAAUUUUCCCCAACAGCAACCUCAACCUUUGCCUCAACCUCAGCCGUCGUAUCACGUUCCUUUGCCCCAAGUAAUACCACAGCCUCAACCCCAGCCUCAGCCGCAACCUAGCCCGUCAUAUGGCUUGCCCCAGCCACAGAUUGCCCCACAGCCUGCGCCUGUCCCUAUUUCUUAUUAUCAGCCACAGCGCUCUCAAGCCGGAUACUCUUACCAAUCAGCGCAAUCGAGCUCUCAGUUCCCUCUUCAAACCCAACAAUCGUUCGGAAACUCACAAGCAUCCCUGUCAAGUUAUCAGGCGGAUUCUAACCAGUAUCGACAGGCCCAAGUACAGAGUCAAUCUCCUCAUAAUGAAGCCCUCGAUUCUAUUGUGGUUAAUAGAGUGUCAAACAUAAUAAAGGAUGACGAACACAGUUCAGCUAAAAGCGCCGGGUACCAGUCACUAGUAUCGGGAAUAUCUCUGGAGAAUGCUCGUCCGAGUGUUGAAUUGAUCUCAUUCACGCACACUUCAUCAUUGGGAUCAACUCAAAGUGGAAGUGCAACAGGAUCCCAGUCAUCAGGGGCAUCGUCUACUAUAUCAGGCCCAUCAUCAGACUAUGGGCUACCAGUAGUCACAGCGAAUAGUCAGUCAUCCGGAGAAUCGCAAUCACAAGCAAGCUUUAAUUUAUUACCGCAGGCACAACCAUCCACUUCUUAUGGCAGUCCAAAUUAA